UUAAGGUCACAUUUAUAGUAAUUAAACACACAGUUUUAUACAAUGGCCUGAAAUGAGAUAUCAAAUGGCAAAUCCAAAACAAAAAGCACAGAACAGGAGGCUAGUGUGCGCGGCCAGGUAAUCCGAUUACACCUCUCGGACCGCAUAUGAACUGACCAGCAUUUACGGGUUCAGUUCACAUUCUGUUCUCAUUACUCUCACUCAAAAUGCCGCUCUUUCUUAAUCGAGACCAGAUUUUUGCGCAUCAAGUACACCUUCUAGAGCAUAAACUACGGAGUAAAGAGGAGCGUAUUUUGGAAAUGGAAACAGAGAAUGCUCUCCUUCAUUUGAGACUCGUUGAGUGUUUGGGUAUACUUCACUGUGGAAGAAACGAGGAGAUCCAUGUCCAAAAACAGAAGCAUCAGCAGCAGAGAAAAGUGCAGAAGUCCACACAUGCUGCUCUCUCCAGACUUUUGUCUGAAGUUCAGGUGCUAAAACAGGACUUGAGGAAUGUACUUACUGUCUACAUGGGGUUUGCUAAAGAAAUGGAGCAUCAAAGCAAACAGCUAUUUGAAUGUAUGGGCACUGCCAUUCAGGAUCACCAAAGUGAUGACAUGCAGAAGCUCCAGGCUCAGGUGGCUGCUCUCGAGCACUCUUUACAAGAAGAGAAGGAGAGGUGUAGAGAGGAGAGGCUGAGGAGGAGACUGCUUCACAACACUUUGGUUGAGCUGAGGGGAAACAUCCGAGUCCACUGCAGAGUGCGCCCAAUUCUACCCUUUGAUUAUAGCCCAGGAUCCCCCGCAACAAAUGGGUCCUCAUCAUGUGAAGCAGUGGUGCAAGCCAUCAACGAUGACUCUGUUCUUGUGAACAGCAACAAAAGCCCUGUUGUGAAUAAAAUAUUUGAGUUUGAGAGAGUACAUGGUCCAGAAGACAGCCAACAGACUGUGUUUGAAGAGAUGAAACCCCUUCUAACAUCUCUGCUUGAUGGGUAUAAUGUGUGUUUAAUGGCGUAUGGCCAGACAGGCAGUGGCAAGACACAUACAAUGAUUGGCUCCCAAUCUGAGGAGCUCACAGCUGUAGUGCAGGACUCUCAACAGGGCAUCAUUCCAAGAGCAGCCAAUGAGCUAUUCAAGAUGAUCUCAGAGAAACCAGCAGACAGUCAUAUGGUGGAGAUAUCAGUGGUGGAGGUCUAUAAUAACGAGGUGCUGGACCUGCUGGCCAGAGAUGAAGAUGGGGCAGCAGUUGGGGUGAAGAGAGAGGUCAUCACCACUAGCACAGGCACUAGUGAAGUGCCCUGUCUAACAUAUGAGUUGGUACGCAGCUCUGCAGACGUGAUGCAGCUGAUCAAUUCUGUGUUGAAACUAAGAGCUCACAGUCCCACCCUGGUCCACAUGGACUCUUCCAGAUCUCAUUUAAUUGUCACUCUCACCGUUACCUCCAAAAGCCCUGAUGCCCUGGCACUGGCUCGUAGGCUGCAGAAUGCCAGGCAGGACGUCCGACGGGUGUCUCAAAAGGAGUGGUGGAGCCCACGUUGCCGCCGGGCCGCCUCCUCACACUCAUCCAGCCCUGUCUCCUCACCAUGCCACUCCCCCUGCCACUCACCAUGCCCCUCUCCCCGACCCAGCAUCACACAGAUGCCUCUCAAAACCAAGCUGCAAGUGGUGGACCUGGCUGGGAGCGAGUGUGCUGGGAUGUCAGGUGUGACUGGUGCAGCUCUUUGGGAGAGUUCCUGUAUCAAUCGCAGUCUUUCUGCUUUGUCUGAUGUUCUGGGCGCUUUAGCUGAGCAACGACCCCAUGUACCAUACCGCAACAGCAAACUAACACAUCUCCUACAGGAUGCCAUAGGAGGGGAUGCCAAGCUGCUAAUAAUGCUUUGUGUAUCUCCCACUCAACACUUCCUCACAGAGUCUCUUCAGUCACUGGGCUUCGGUUCCAGAGCCAGACAAGUCCAGAGAAAGCCACCACGCAGAAAGAACACAGCUCUGAAAAUGAAGUAAAACUAGGGAAGAGACCAACAGGGAGAUGCAUUUGUUAGUCGCCUGCUUGUGCAUUGUCAUUUUAUGCAUGUUUAUUGUAUGCAUAAGAUUAUGGUGCUCAGAUCAUGAUGAUGUACCUUAUCUUUACCUAAUUGCAAUGAAAAAAACGUAAAAACAAAUUUUUGAGGGGGUUCAUAAAAUGAUACAAUGAACAAGGUGUUGCUGAGAAAUGUAGUAUUAUUAUUAUUAUUAUUGUUAUUAUUAUUUUUGGAUUUUCUCCCCUUUUCUCCCCAAUUUGGUAUGCCCAAUUCCCAAUGCGCUCUAGUUCCUCGUGGUGGCGUGGUGACUUACAAUCCGGGUGGCAGAGGAUGAAUCUCAGUUGCCUCCGCGUCUGAGACAGUCAAUCCACGCAUCUUAUCACAUAGCUUGUUGAGCGCGUUACCGUGACCGAGCGCGUGUGAAGGCUCACGCUAUUCUCCACGGCAUCCACGCACAACUCACCACGCGCCCCACUGAGAGCGAGAACCACAUUAUAGUGACCACGAGGAGGUUACCCAAACGUGACUCUACCCACCCUAGCAACCGGGCCAAUUGGUUGCUUAGGAAGCCUGACUGGAGUCACUCAUCACGCCCUGGAUUCAAACUAAAGACUCCAGGUAGUCAGCGUCUUUACUUGCUGAGCUACCCAGGCCCCCGGAGAAAUGGAUUAUUAAAAUAGCGGUUAAUUCCAUUGUUGCUAAUGUGAAUGCAUUUAAGUAUGGUUUUUGAAGUGAUACCAGUGUUUUCAGAAUAGGUCUGGUUAAACAUAUCAUUAGCUGAUCAUGCACUUUGGGGAUAUUCCUAUGAAAAAAAAAAAAAACAUGUUUACAGUUUAGUUUCCAGUGUGCUUGAAAUGAUUCCUUUGACUGAAGUGUCUGUAAUUAUCUUUAGUUUGUGUUAAAGUUUUGAGUGAUGAUGGAAAAUUUAAUACAAUUUUGUUUUUGACGUAUUAGGGCAAGCAACCUCACUGUUGUUGACCUAAUGUUCUACUGCAGUAUUUGUAAUUUGUUGCCUUUUCGAUGUAUUCCUAUUUAAGUUUAUUUAGUUUUAAUAAAAUACUGA